AUGGAACGCGUCCAUCCCAUGGUGCGGGCGGAGGCGUCGGGAAAAGGUCUCACGUUCGUAGACACGCUCCGCGUGCUGGGAGUCGUGUUCGACCGACGCCUGAACUUUUUCGCGCACGCAGACCACCUGCGCACGAAGGCCGAACACCUCGCGGCUAAGAUCGUGACGUUCAAGAACAUGGCCGGUACCGUCAUACCAUCAGACGUGCGCCUGUUGUACGCGGUACUACCGGCCAUCGCUUAUGCGUCCCCUAUCUGGUGGCCCGAACGGCCUGACUGCCGCCGGCGCAGUCGCAUACUGUCGGUGCAGCGCUCGGUGCUUCUAGCACUGACCGGCACGUACAAGACCACGCGCACUGCUGCGCUGCAGCUUCUUUUGCACGCGCCACCGAUCGAACUCGAAUUGCGCCGCCUUAAUCAAGAGCUCAUCUUGUUUGUUUUGAGGCAGUCCAUUGAGUGCGACGGCAAAUGA